GUUACCAAGUCCACCACAAGCAUCAAUCAUGGAGAACAAGUUGACGUAAAAUAGGUCGUUUUCAGAAAACCAAUCAAGUACGUUUUGGAUACUAGACCAUUGAACCAGAACAGUAACCGUAGUUUGGGACAUAUCGAAGAGGAUGGUGUUCAACAGCCUGAUAGUGGUGUCGGUAGCACACGUGUCAGCGGAGGCGUGGCAACAGGUGGCGUGCCUGCCGGAGCGUCUGAGCAGCAGUCAGCUGUUGGAUCUUGUUUGCUUCAUCCCUCUCCAGGAGUUGGGUCGUCUGGCUCUCUGUCUCUGGACCUUCCUCUGCGUCCCUCCUCCUGACUCCUACUACUCUCGUUACUCCGAUGACUCCUCCUCCUCCUCCUCCUCCACCGCUGUUGAUUACGACGACUAUUACUACCACCCUCAGUCCGAUUGAUCAUCCCUUCCUUCCUUUCUUCCUACUAUGUGUUUCAGAUGUACAUGAACAUGAGGUUACAUACAGAGUUGUGCUUCUUUAUAACAACUGAUGAGUGUUUUUUUCUUUUCUUUCUGGAAGUUGGAAUAGUAAGAUAUAUAGAAAUAUUCAGCCUUGUUAUUUGGUGGAACUCCAUGGUAAAUGUAUCUGUGUUCGACUUACUGGGACACAGAUACACUAGGUAAUAAAUUUCAACAGUUACUAGGAAGUUGCAAGAUGGAAGAUAAGAUUGUUCAAUAAAACGUUGCCUGAGAUAAAGAAUAGGAUGGUUGAUUGGAAGGGACAUGACAGGAGUGCAGACUGAGAAUGGUUCUCUUCAUGGUGGUUUGAUUAUGGAGCAAUGCUGGAUAUACAGAAAACCAUUUUCGGAGUAAGAUUAAGUAAGAUUCCAGUCCUAUACUCCUGUGUUGUAUAAGAAAGCUUAAAAAGUCUGGUCUCCUUACAUAGAUGGUUCAACUUUUCCUUUCAUAUUACAUUAACAAACUCAACUAACAUAGUGGAAGAUAAAGAUACUCAACCUGGUAUAGCUUCUUACAAUUUUGCAGUAUUCUUUUCAUUUGAGGUUUCUUGGCUUCUUUAUAUGUCUAUGACAAGUAGUUUCUUGAUAUGAUGUGAUGUAGUGAUGAAAAUUAGUAUAGUAUUGAGACUGUAGAAGCGCCAGAUUCAAACUUGGGAGUUAAGAUGAACCAAAGCAUCUAACAUUAAGAUCCAAAAAACUGAUAGGAUGAUUGAUGUGUGUUAUUUACAUUAAAUUAUUUAAGUUAAACUGGAAAAUACACAGAUUAUUUA